GUUUUGGUCGAAUGCCCAUAUAUUUCGUGUAUUGGGUUUUUUAAUUUUUCCUUAAAUGUAAAUAUUUUUUAACUGACAAAAUGUAUAAAGCUUGAAUUAACGGCAGAGUCUCGGAAUAAUUAUCAGAGUAGUGGAAUGAUUGGUGGUAACUUUAUGCAACAAAAUCCAAAUGGCAUGGUCAGGCAAACACCAUAUGGUCAGUCAAACACCUCCCGGUAUGGGCAGUCCAACGUUGGGUUCGUACCACAUCCACAUCAACAUGUUAAUAUGGACCCUACUUACGGCAGAGAAACAUCACAAUAUUUCCGUAGUCCCAGUUUUGACGUAUAUAACUCGGAUGAUACGAUGAUUGGUGAUAACCUUAUGCAACAAAAUCCAAAUAGUAUGGUCAAUCCAAUACCAUAUGGUCAGUACAACACCAUAUGGUCAGUCAAACACCAUAUGGUCAAUCAAACACCAUAUGGUCAGUCAAACACCUUACGGUAUGGUCAGUCCAACGUUGGGUUCGUACCACAUCCACAUCAACAUGUUUAUAUGGACCCGACUUACGGCAGAGAAACAUCACAAUAUUCCCGUAGUCCCAUUCGUGGCAUAUAUAACUCAAGAUUACCUGCUAUUGAAAGCAGCGAUACAGUUGACUGGGAUAUACCUAGGAGAAAAACUCCCUAUAUAGAGGAAUAUUCGGAUGAUACGCAUUUGGUUCACAGAAAGCAUAACGUUGGGUUUGGGAAAAAGAAAAGGGACUUCCACGAGCAGGAAACAGAAUAUGAAAAUAACUUAAGGAAGUUGGAUAGUUUGGGAAAGUUUUCUCCAUAUUCUUCCACACGAUUGUUCGAUGUUCUCCGACAAACAAAAAUUCCUGGUACAACUAGUCAGGCUAUUUUAGAGGCAGUAAAGAAGUCGUGGUGCAUUCGUGAUACCAAAGUUUACUUGGUAGUCACCGGGGAAAACAAUUGCGAAUGUAUGAUACAAAUCUCAAGGGGAAGCAAUCAUCUGAACAUUCUUGCACAUGAGAAUGGUUUAUGGUACUUGGAUUGGAUAGAAAAAACAUGUACCAAAAAAUGUAUGGAUGGACUUUCUGCUAUGGCAUCCUGUGUUCCAUUUCUCGGAGGAGGAGUUGCCGGGAUAUCCGCACUUUUUAAAUUGAAAAAGUAGACCAUUAUAUGUGUAUAAUCGGUACAGUUUUAUUUUAAUUUGCUAUACUUUUAUAUACUGCUUAUUUUCGUUUAAACAUUGAUCAGUGCAAUUAUGGGAACCAACAUUUUGUUAAUAAUACAUCUUUAUUGAAAAUGGUUUUCAUAUCAUUUAAAAAUUUGUCACUUUCAUAAUUAAGUAUUGAAUUUUCUUACAUUUCGAAAGGAAGCAAUCUUUUUUGAAACGCUAUGUCUUUAACUUUAAACUUGUAAUGUGGUUAAAAAUGACGUUUAACACUUUAUAUUAUAUUGUCCUUUUGUCAAUAUAAGUUGAAAAAGAAUGAUUCUCAUUUUUUAAUUCUCUUUCAAGACAUACCAAUAAGCUAUCAACCACCAUAUAAGACAUGCAUAACAUUUGCACUAUUGUUAGCAACUAUUAUAUUUAUUAUUAAAUAUUUUUUACUAUAUAAUUUAAACUAUUUAUCAAUAAAACUGAAGAUAUUGAACUGUAA